AACGCUGAGGAUGUUUGUUUACAAGCUGUUGUGGCCGCCAGCACUCUUAUAUAUUCUUCGAUUUUCAAUGAUUUAGCCAUUUUUUUUUCAGCCUUUUUGUACUUUUCUCUAACAGAUCAUAGAGCUGGUUGGGAAUUACUCUACCUACAUUGGCUGACCAGGAGUUGGUGCAAAAGGAAAAAUAUGGAACCUUCGGAGGCAAAUUUGCGGAUACCAGCUGUGCUUAUGCCUUCAUAUCUCAGUGUUAUAGGUACAGAAGAAGGAAAAGCCGCCUCAAAAAGAGUAAGAGUUAAUUGUGGAAUUUGCAAGGAAACUCGGUACUAUUCAAUCCACAGAGGAGUAACGCGUAUGGGUGGAACUGUGGUAGCGUGUGAGGCGUGCCGACAUUGCUAUCAGAAGUUCAAAAGGCAGCCAUUUAUAUUACGUUGUAAAGAAGACUGCAGUUGUUAUGUGCUUGGAGAUAACUCCAAAAACAGGUGCAAAGCUUGUUGGAUUGCAUAUAUUCUUGGUCGUUGUCCCGUAGGAGAAGACUUGUAUCACCAUCUUGUAAAUCAUCUGCCCCCAAAACUCAAAGCAAAGAUGCCUGAGAAAGCUCCAGUAUCAGAAGAAGUGCCUGAGAGUGAGCGUGGAGCACUAGGCCUCGAGGUAAUGAAAGACGAUGAGUGGGUGGACAUGACGCAAGUACCCGAAGUCAAACCUUCUCCACAUUGCAGUGAAGAUGAGGAGGACAGUAAUGUUUAUGAACAAGAAUUUGGCGCAUCACUGGAAAAUGAGGAACAUUUGGAGCAAUUUGAGAUGGCUCACACGUCAGAUACAUAUGAUGAAUAUACGUCUGAUUACACCGAGAACAGAGAUACAGCACCUCAGAAUGCAAAUGGACUUACCAGAGAGGAAAAGGAAAACGUGCUUGAUCAACAAACGGUGCGAUGGUGGAUGCAACCGGAAACUAGCUCAACUUACACCGUCCUACAAAAUGACAGUGGUCAGUCAUACUUCAAUAUGGAUGCUGUCAACCCUUCAGAUGGGCUGACGGCCCUGACGCCCAUGCAACCGGCCCAGCCUGUCGACGCCUUUACCACCUUGACACCUAUGCAGGUUGCCCCAGUCCACCAAAACCACCAUAAUGGCUUCCACGAUUCAGAAAUAGCAUUACUUGGCGUAAAGCAAGAGAAGUGUGACUGGCAAGAUGGGGUGAGUCAGGAAGCAAAACUGUUUCAAAAUAUCUGCGUUAAACAAGAGUAUUAUCCUCAACACGAGCAAGUUGAUCUUCGGAUGCAUACUAGUCCGUACUUUGGUCAUGGCGAUGUUGGUAAUCAACUAAAUAUUGCAAUGUUUGGUCAAGGUCAUGGUCUUAUGAAUGGGGCUGGAGGCUGGAAGGUUGAGGGCCACUCUAUGGAUGGUAUUGACAGAGGCUCGCCACUGCAGGAAAAUGCAGACGUUUCCAAAGUCAAGAAAAAACGAAAGCCGAGAAUCAAGCGUGAGGGCGACGAAUUAAAAUCAAGUAAAAAAUCACCGGGUGAAAAAAACAAGAGGUCUGCACCUGAAAUAGGACCCGAUGGUUUACCUCUUCCGUCUCCUCAAAAGCAGAGAAAGAAGGUGGAGCGUUUUGAUGGCUUACCUGAGGAGGAAGUAGCCAAAAAGACCUUACCUGACCAUUUGGGACCCAAUAUGGACAUACUCAUUAUUGGCAUAAAUCCAGGGCUUUUCGCGGCUCACAAGGGACAUCAUUAUGCUGGACCUGGCAACCAUUUCUGGAAGUGCAUGUAUUUAUCAGGACUCAUCCCAGAACCCUUCAACGCAUAUGAUGACUUUCGGUUACUGGAAUAUGGUAUUGGUUUUACAAACAUGGUCGCUCGCACAACAAAAGGCUCUGCGGAUCUUUCACGCCAAGAGAUCAAAGAAGGUGGCAAGAUUUUGCGAGCCAAGUUAAAGAAAUAUAAGCCUCUUAUAGCCGUGUUUAAUGGGAAAGGUAUAUACGAAAUAUAUUCUGGUAAGAAGCAGUUCUGCUUUGGAAAGCAACCGGAAAAGGUUGAAGGAACUAAUACUCAUAUAUGGGUCAUGCCGUCUUCAUCAGCUAGAUGUGCUCAGUUACCAAGAGCUUUAGACAAAGUCCCGUUCUAUUCAGCUCUCCGCAAAUUUCGCGACUAUCUUAAGGGUAUUCUCACAGAACUAGAUGAUGAAGAAGUUGUGUUUACUCAUGUAAAACUUACAAAUUACAAGUCUCCUACCAAAGCUGAACCCAAAACAGAGCCUAAAACAGAGCCCACUGACGGCAUCUCUGAAUCAGCUCAUGUGGUUAAACCUGCCAGAAGGAAAUUAGAAAGUGAGCGGACAAAGGGGCAGAAAUCAUCACCAAAGAAAAAAAUAACAUCUGUGAAAACUGAAAAAGGGUCUUAAUAUUAUUUGUUUUUGUAAAGUGUAAUUUUAAUAUGCAGUAGGCAUUGGCUAGUGCACUUGGUUAUGUUCCUGGACCUGCCUUGUACUUUGGAUUCGUAUAAAGGUGUUACAUUUGUUAAGGAACUUAAGGGGGAAGAAUAUAUAGUGGAACCUUUGGGAUCUCUUCCCCACCUCAUCAUACAGUCAUUGUACCAAAUGUCAGUGUGUGUACAAUGGAAUCUAAAGUUCUAGUGUUAACAAUUACCUCCUGGCAAUUGGCUAUCAUAUUGGAGAUAAGGUUAUUUCAUUUUUGACUGCUUCCUGGUACCUUAUGCAGGCCUCCAGAAAAGUCUACAGCCUACCUUGAGGUUACCUUGAGGUGCUUCCGUGGGCUUAGCGUCCCCGCGGCCCGGUCGUCGACCAGGCCUCCUGGUUGCUGGACUGAUCAACCAGGCUGUUGGACGCGGCUGCUCGCAGCCUGACGUACGAGUCACAGCCUGGUUUGAUCAGGUAUCCUUUGGAGGUGCUUAUCCAGUUCUCUCUUGAACACUGUGAGGGGUCGGCCAGCCUGCUGAUAUUAUUAAAUACCACAGAUACACAUCUGAUGUGGGCUGUUGCCUGCUAGUCCAGUUUACCCGUAUUUUCCUUUAUACCAGAAAUGCCAGAUUGGUUCUUACUGGUGUUAAGUGGACAUAUUUAAGCUUUCAAAAACAGCAUGAAGGUAAGGUAAUUAUUAGGAGAAUGCACUAAGUCAGUACAGCUAUAUAGCAAAAAUGGCAGAAAGGUAAGGCACAAAACAUGGAGUGAUUACCAUUAUUUAAGCAUAUAUCGAGCAGUGUUCAGUGCAUGACAAAUACUCGAGUGAGCAUGUAGACGACAGACGAAGGUCUUGAAGGCAUGAUACUGGGAACUAAGAUAACAAUAUUAAUUUAAGUAACUGUACUAGGCAAUUCAUGAACAGCGGAUGCAAUAUACUAGCUAGUGUCUACUCUAUUGCUAAAAUUUAGUAUUAUAAAUUAAUAAUUUAUUAAAGGAUAUAAUUAUUCAUGCGUAUGAUGUAUAAACCAAUUAUUUACUCCAGCAAUCAUAAAUAUUCUUAUGUUGUUUGAAAGUAUUACAUGGUUGUAUGAGCAUUUUAGAUUUUGAAAGAAUUACCAAUUUUCUGUGAAAAAUGGAUGAUACCCCAAUUGUCUAGUAAUCUUACUCAUGAAACUGAUUUAAUUCAGUUUUAACUCUCAAAUUAAUAGAUGUAUCAUGUGCUGUGUUCAGUGCGGGCUACAGUAUUCACAGCACGGAUGUAUCAUGUGCUGUGUUCAGUGCAGGCUACAGUAUUCACAGCACGGAUGUAUCGUGUGCUGUGUUCAGUGCGGGCUACAGUAUUCACAGCACGGAUGUAUCGUGUGCUGUGUUCAGUGCGGGCUACAGUAUUCACAGCACGGAUGCAUCGUGUGAAGUAUUUAGUUCAUACCUGGAACAUACCUGGAGAGGGUUUCAGGCGUUACUUCCCGAGCCCAGCUUGAGGCCAGGCUCGUCUGUAGCCUGAGUGCGGGGCUACAGUUUUGACAAAGAACUUCAAAUGGAGAUGUAUUGUUUUGUGCCAGUACUGUACUGUAUUUCAAUGCUGAUUGGCACCUGAUAAUUCCAAUUGCAAUCGCUAGAUGUCGGUGAGUCGGAAGACACUAAUUUGCCACCUCCAUACCUUUACAUCCAGGAUAAGAUGAGCUUGCUCUUCAAACUCCUGUUCUAAAUAGAAUAUCAAUCAACAAUGCACAUUUUCCAGGACAACGCUAAGGUAGAUACGUAAUUUUUUCAUUGCUUUUGUAUAAGUAUCUAUCACUUCACAUUACGUGAAGUGAUAGAUAACAAAAAUGUUAAAAUUAACAUACAAAAUGUUAACAAGUAAGUGACCUUUGUAUUUUUAAUAGAUUUUUUAUGACAAUUUUGUGACUGGUUUAUAGCACAAACAUCAAGCUAACACAAAAGUAAAUAUGAAAUAAGACUUUUUGAGGGUACUUUUCUUACCAUUACAAACAUUACAUUUUCAUAAUAUUUUUCUUUUUUGUUGGGUCUGGCUAAACUAUAUCUGUCAUUUAAGUGUUAGGAAACUGGGUAAGGGUCAGUAUAAUGGACAUAAUGUUAUGGUAAUUAUCUAGUUACAUAUUUAUUAGUUAAUUAUUAUGAAUAGUAAUUUUGUUGAAAUGCAGAGAGAAAGCACCUUCAGUAUAAUUAGACAAUUUACCCUGUAUAUCAUUCUUUCCAUGUGAGCCCAUCAUUUGGUCUUCAGGACUUAAAGCACAAGUACCGUAGGGCUUUGUAAUUGUACCAGGCCCUGAGACUUGGCAUGACCUACUGAGAGCCAGAAGCACAAUAGGGCUAUGUAAUCAUACCAGACCUGGAGACUUGGCGCGACUUACAAGAGGCGAGUCAAGCAUGAGGAUCAAAGCUCUACCCUAAACCAAAGAAACUCUCUUGAUAGUCACAGGCAAAACAAAACAAAUCACUGCUUAAUUUUAAUAUGUAAAUUAAAUUAGAAAUGAGGCAAAUGACGGGAAUAAAUUGACAUCUCUCGCUGCAACUCUUUCGGCUGUCGCCAGAUGAUAGCUCAGGUGAGGAAGAUGGUGGACCAUGCACAUAGGAGACCCUGAGCUGCCAAUUUGUGGCAGUUAGGAGAAUUAUAGCAUCGGUUAUUUACUUAUUGUUAAAUUAAGAAACAAAGCGAACAAUAGUUUUUUUUUUUGAAGAUCAGCAAUUUGAUAUGUUUUACCUGUGACUUUCUAAGCACCUUUAUUAGUUUUGGGUCAGUCUUUGAUCUCAAUGCUUCCCAUGUCUUCUGAGAGAGCUAGAGUUUGGUUCAGGUUCUUGUUGGGUAGUGCCAAGUCUCUCAACCUGGUGCAAUGACAAUUCUUUACUGUACUUGUGGCUCUCAGUAAGUUGUGCCAAGUCUCAGGGCCUGGUAUGAUUACAAGACUCUACGGUACUUAUGCCUUUAGCUCCAAGAACCUCCUGAGGGAUCGUAUUCAAUGCUUUGAGAUUGAAAUACAGCUUGUUGACCAGACCACACACUAGAAAUUGAAGGGACGACGACGUUUCGGUCCGUCCUGGACCAUUCUCAAGUCGAUUGUGAAUUUCAAUUUCUAGUGUGUGGUCUGGUCAACAUACUUCAGCCACGUUAUUGUGACUCCUCGCCUGCAUAUAGCUUGUUGUUACCCCAAACUAAUUAGAUCAAAAUAAGAUACAUUACCAAGGCAUCUGACAGCAGUUCCUGCAGGUUAAUAAAGAUAGCAUGAUGUUAAAACUCUAGUUUAUUUAGUUGUACUUGACUGAAAAGAAGGAAAGAAGUGGUAUACUUUACAAUCAGAGGUAGUGUGGUUUGCUCCCAGAUGGAUAAUCCCUCGUAAUGUGUUAUACACGGUACAACCUGCCGCUGUUUAUGUUUGUAAAUAGGAGGCAAUAUACUGUAUGUAUACUGAAUGGCACUUGGGGUAUAAUCCAUAAAGAUUUGCUUGAAAAUGGUAAAAAAAAAAAAGGAAAAUAUGAAAUACUGAGUCGUG